AUGGCCUCCCGUGUCCUUUCGGUUCCCUACUACCGUCUCUUCCCCUACCGCACUGCGUUCCUCCCCCCCCCGCCGCUCUUCCUUACGCCAGGUCCCCCUACGGUAGAUCCCCUUCCCCCUCAGGGUCCUGCCCCCUUAGGUGUGUCUCAGGUAGACGCAGUCGAGCCUAACGAGGUAGCUGUUGACUCUGGUGCUACUAGGGGUGAUGAGCCUGGGGGUGCUGCGUCUGGGGGUGCGGAUUCUGAGGGUACUGGGCCUGCUCGUGUGGCGUCUGGCGGUGCUGGGCCUGGAGGUUCUUCGGGUGCUUCGUCCCGGCGGGAGCUACUCUCUCCACAGGAGUUGCGUGAGUGGUUUGCCCGGCGCUGGAGGCGAGCUGCUGGAGCUGGAGGUGCUGAGGGCGCUGGAGGUUCUACUGCUGCUGAGGGUGCUGGUGCCGCGGGUCCCGGAGGUGCUCGUACUUGGAGUCCUGGAGCUGCUGGGCCUGCGGGUGCUUCUAGUACUGGAGCUGGUGGUGCUGCGGGCAUCGAUGCUACUGGGGGUGCUGGAGCUGGUCCUGCUACAUCUUCUGGUGGUCCGGCUAGAGCUGGAGCUGCUGGGGGUGUUGGCAUUGAGGGUGCUUCUGGUGCUGGUGCUUCUGAGGGUCCUGGAGUUGGCGCUACUGGAGCUGGGGGUGCUGCUGGCGCUGGUACUGUCGUUCGGGGUGCUGGUGCUGUCCCUUCUGGUAUUGGUGGUGCUGGUGCUGAGCGGCCGCGGCCGUACUUCGUUCCGCUCCUUGAGCAGUCACAGUUACAGCCUACCUCCCCUCUGCCUGCUCCUUCUCCCUACACUGGUCCUACUGGAGGUCUUGCUGAGCGUCGUGAGCCUGCGUCUCGUCCUGCGUCGCCUGCCCGUGCUGCUCGCACUAGUGGUCGUGGUUCGCGUCAGCGUCCUCCCCCUGUCCCCGGCACGCACCGGAUGUCUCUACGUCUGUCCACUGCUCCUCUGCGUGUCCCUUUGCCUUCUCCUCUUGAGUCCUCUCUUCCUGCUCUUGCUGACCCGGAGUCAGACUCCUUUCGUGCUGCUAGUCCUACUGUCACGCGUCUCCUUGCUAUUGUCGUCACUGACCCUUCCUUCGAGUCCACUGCGGCGUCUGCCCUAGUUGCUGAGCUUGUCGACUUCGCUGCUCGUUGUCGUCUAGACUACGCUGCUAGUCUGGUUGCUGAGUCCGAGUCUGUCUGUCCUCCGUCCAUCGGGGGUGAGUGUGCUCUUGGCACGGACGUCCUUGAGGACAGGCAGGAGGAGUUCCAGUGCUUUGCGGCUGCUUCACCUCAUCUCGUGUCCAUGCUGCUAGCCCCUAAGGGAGACCCGGAUGCACCAGACAUCCCGACUCCGCGCUCUUACGCGGAGGCGAUAGAGGGUCCAUACUCCUCUCAGUGGCAGGUUGCCAUGGACGCAGAGAUGGCUUCCUGGAAGUCCACAGGCACCUACGUUGACGAGGUUCCCCCACCUGGGGCGAACAUCGUUAGUGGCAUGUGGAUUUUUAGGGUGAAGCGGCCGCUCGGUUCUCCGCCUGUCUUCAAGGCCCGUUACGUGGCUCGUGGCUUCAGUCAGCGGCAGGGAGUUGACUACUUUCAGACCUUCUCUCCAACCCUGAAGAUGACCACUCUUCGGGUACUGCUGCACAUAGCCACUCACCGUGACUACGAGCUUCACUCUCUUGACACCAGCACUGCUUUAUUACAGGGCAGCUUGCACGAGGAGAUCUGGCAGCGCCGCCCACCUGGCUUCACUGGGUCUUUUCCUCCUGGUACCCAGUGGAGCCUUCGGCGGCCAGUCUACGGUCUCCGCCAGGCACCGCGUGAGUGGCACGACACACUGAGGACUACACUUGCGGCUCUUGGGUUUGCUCCUCCUACUGCCGACCCGUCGCUGUUUCUGCGCACCGACACUUCUUUGCCGCCGUUCUACAUCCUCGUGUACGUCGACGACUUGGUCUUUGCCACAGCUGACACUGUUGGACUCGCCUACGUGAAGUCCGAGCUGCAGAAGAGACACACGUGCACAGACCUGGGUGAACUACGCAGCUACCUUGGCUUGCAGAUCACCCGGGACAGAGCACAGCGCACCAUUACUCUGACUCAGUCACACAUGGUGCAGCAGGUCCUUCAGCGCUUCGGCUUCACGUACUCCUCGCCUCAGGCCACUCUUCUGGCUACUCGCAACUUGCUCUCAGCUCUGCCUUCGGAUGAGUCCGUAGAGUCGAGUGGCCCGUACCUAGAGCUUACCAGAGCACAUGGCUGCAGCAAAGAGGGUGUUGCGCUACUUGUGCAGUACGUCGGGCAUGGGACUUGUGCUUGGAGGGCGUAG